AUGCGCAUCCCCGAUGCCCAUCUCUGCUCCCCCGAUGCCCAUCUCUGCCCCCUGAUGCCCAUCUCUCCUUCUUUCCCCUCGAUGCCCAUCUCUCCUUCUUUCCCCCUCAUGCCCAUCUCUCCUUCCUCCCCCCAUGCCUAUCCCCCCGAUGCCUAUCUCUCCUUCCUUCCUUGCCCCCCCGAUGCCUAUCUCUCCUUUUUUUUCUCCACUAACAACUAUAUUUCCUUUUUUGUUCCUACUAACGACUAUAUCUCUUUUUCCAAAACUUUUGUUUACCCCAACGGCUAUAUUUCUUCUUUCCCCCCCACCAACGGCUAUAUUUCUUCUUUCUCCCCACCAAUGCCUAUAUCUUUUACCUCCUACAACAGCUAUAUCACUUACCCCCCACGGCUGUAUGUAUUCCUGCCCAAUGACUAUAGCUCUUUCCCCCAACAACUACAUUUUUUUUUGCCAUUAAUGAAUAUCUUUUUUCUACUCCAACUACUCUCUUUUUCCAAAACAACUAUAUCUCUUUUGUUUUUACUCCAACUGCUAUAUUUCCGCCCCCCACCAAUGGUUAUAUUUCUUUUUUACCACCAACAGCUGUAUUUCUUCUUACUCCCAUCCCAACAGUUAUAUCUCUUACCCACCAAAGACUAUAUCUCUUUUUACCGUCCCAACUACUAUAUCUCUUUCCCCCCCCACCAAUAA